UAUUCGUUUUCAUUUGUAGUUUAGUAGCGGCUCUCAACGCAUAUACUCCGUCAGGCAUGGGACCUUCUCGCCGCCUUUCUGGAGGAGCUCGGCCUCCUGGCUCGCUCCUCUCGCAGCAAGAACUCCAGAAGCAGCGGCGUCAUCAGCAGCGAUCCAUCGCGUCAUUCUUCUCACCCGCAAGAGCGUCGAAGCAAACCGAAACCGUGCCGGACUCGGUUCCAGCAGCAGAAGCUGCAGCAGAGGAUGUUCAGCCUCAGCCAACUGUUAGAGUCUCUGAGAGCAACCCUGAUUUGCCCAAUGCUCGUGCACGUAAGUCCAAGGCCUCGCCCGGCUCGGCGCCCAAUCGCAACGCUCGUCGCGUGAUAAAAUCUGCGGUAGGAGGAAAGGGCGGCGGUCACCGAGGAAGCAUCGUGCGAGCAGACGCGCGGAGAAGCAACUCCGAAGACUCGAAGGAUGGCGAGUUACUUUGGACCGACGACCCAGCUGAAGAAACCAAACGACUUGCAGAUGCCGAGCGCGCGGGCGAUCGGCGCAAGGUGGCACUUCAGAUACCGCCGCUGGCGGAUGGCCAGACCUGCGCAGACGGGGACGGGAAUGCUGCUCCAGCAGAAGACGCCGGCGGGAAAACCGCGGUGACGGCGGAGGCGGCGGAGGAGGAUGAGCAGGGAGGGGCGAAUGUGGCGGGAGGGGAAGGGUCGCUCUCCAUGGGUUCCCUGGGGUCGGACUUUUCCGGGUCGCUGCUCCCCGCGGGCAGGCUGCGGAGCUUGCGGCGGCGACCGGGGGGGCGGAGUAGCGUCGCGGCGUCGCAGGAGAGCGGCGGCGAGCUGGUAGAGCAGCGAGCGACGCCUGGUGGUGGACGCACGGUGGAGCGUGACGGGAGGAGAGCGGAUGUAAAAGCGUCGCGGAAUGGCGACAGGAGGCCGGAGGGAGAUGCGGUGAUGGGCGGGGGAGAGGCGGCGGGGGAGGGGAAGAGAGGAAGCGAAGGACGCGGCGAGAUGGUGGCGGAAACGAGCAGGAAGAGCGCGGGUUUGGCAGCCGGUUGGAGCAGUAAGGGGGCGCGGGGCAAGGGGACGCGGAAGCGCGGAAGGGAUGAAGCCAAUAACGAGGACGGGAAGGGCGAGGAGGGACCGCGUGCUGUGGGGAGGCGGGUGGAGGUGUAUUGGCCGGAUGAUAAGGCGUGGUAUGCGGGGGUAGUGAGGGGGUAUGAGGAGGAAACGGGCAGGCACGAAGUGGUGUAUGACGAUGGGGAGAGAGAGAUGGUGGUGCUGGGGAAGGAAAAGGGAAAGGGAAAAGACGAUAUGGAGGUCGAGAAAGAGGUGGAGGAGGAAGAGGAGAAAAUGGAGGAAGCGGAAAUUGAGUCUUCGUCGUCUGAUGAUGAUGAUAAUGAUGGUAGUGAUGGUAGUGAUGGUUCCGAUAGCGAGGAGGAGGAUUGGUUGGAAGAGGCGAAGAGGAAAGGGAAGGUGGACGAGGUGGAAGAGGAGGAGGAUGAGGACGAGGAUGAAGAGGAGGAAGAGGAGGAGGAAGGAGGUUCAGAGGAUGAAGCUUCUGGUGAUGAUGAGGAGGAGGAGGCAGAAGAGGAGGAGGAAGAAGAGGAAGAAAUGGAGCAUGGGAAGAGGGGCAGGAAGGCAGGACAGGGAGAGGGCAAGAAGAGCAGCGCACAGAGCGGGCGUGGGAGGAAGGCUGGGGGGGACAAGGAGAAGGGGGCAGGGGCGGAGGGGAAAGGGGAUGUGGGUGGUGAAAGGAAAGGACGCGAGGGGUUUGAGGGAACGGGAGGGGCUGUGACGGACGCAGAGCGAUCAGCCAUUCGCAAGGCCAUGCUUGGCGCCGGUGCUGUGGCUGCUGGUGCGGCUGCUGGUGUGGCUGCUGCAGCCGCCAAACCCGCUGGAGCUGCUGCCAUGGGCGCGGGUGCUGCUGGUGCUGCUGUUGCUGCCGGUGCUGCUUCUGGUGGUGCAGGAGGCAAUAGAUCCGCGGGCAUAGAAGCUGCACUAGACAGUCUGCUCCCCGAGCUGGCAGGCGAGGCGGCGCAGCGGUUCAGCGGGCGCAUGGAGGCCAAGUUCGACUUCCUCUUCAGGAACCGCAGGGACGGCAAGCGGCGGCCGCCCUCGCAUCCUGACUACGACCCAACCACUCUCUUCCUGCCAGACGCCUUCCUCAAAAGCCUGUCCGAGGGGCAGCGGCAAUGGUGGCAGUUCAAGGCGAUGCACCUGGACAAAGUGCUACUGUUUAAGAUGGGCAAGUUCUAUGAGCUCUUUGAGAUGGACGCGCAUGUGGGCGCCAAGGAGCUCGAUCUGCAGUACAUGAAGGGCGACCAGCCGCACUGUGGCUUUCCAGAGAAGAACUAUGCUGAGAAUGCAGAGAGACUGGCGCUCAAGGGCUACCGCGUGGUGGUGGUGGAGCAGGUGGAGACGCCCGAGCAGCUGGAGCAGCGGCGGCGCGCCACGGGGUGCAAGGACAAGGUGGUGCGGCGGGCUGUGUGCGCCAUGGUGUCGCGCGGCACCAUGGUCGACGCCGGCAUGCUCUCCGCCUCCCCUGAUGCUGCUCUCAUCCUCUCCCUCACCGAAUGGCCUGUCCCUGCUCCUGCUCCUGCCCGUGCCGCUGCUCCUGCUCCGCCUGGUUCUGCCCCUGCUUCCCCUGCUGACGGAACCGCCACUGCUGCUGCUGCUGCUGCUACCACUGAGCAAGGGGGUGAGGGAGAGGCGGCAGUGGUGAUAGGCGUGGCGGUGGUGGAUGCAGCCACGGGGCAGUUCUCCCUUGGCCAGUUCCUCGACGACUCUGCUCGCACGUGCCUGCGCUCCCUCUCUGCGGAGCUCCGCCCAGUGGAGCUCGUGCUGCCGCGAGUCCCCUCCUCCCAUUCCUCCUCCUCCUCGUCUCAUAUUUCGUCCUCUGCCCCCUCGCCUGCCCCCUCGCCUGCCACACUGCGUGCGCUCUCGGACUCGUGCCGCCGGCCCCUGUGGAACUGGAUCGAGCGGGCGGACGACUGCUGGACGCCCGAGAGCACCGCGGCAUGGCUGAAGCGCUUCUAUGGGACAGGCGGGGCGGAUGAAGAGGAGGAGGAGCAGGAGGAGGAGCGCAGUGAAGGCAGGAGAAGGGCAGGUGUGCCAGGUGUGAUAGCGCAACUGGUCGCAGCAGGUCCAGCAGCAGCAGCAGCAACAGCAGGAGCACCAGCAGCAGACAGGCGAGCAGCGGACAGAGAAACCGCACCAUCAGCGGCAGUACUGAGUGCCCUAGGCGGGCUCCUCUCGUACCUGCGGUCGUCUCUGCUGGAGUCCCGGCUGCUCGCCCUGCGCCGCUUCUCCUUCCUCCCCGGCGCCAUGCCGCCGGGGUGCGGCAGGAGGGAGGAAGCCAGCGCUGCUGCCACGGGGAAGGGGCAGCAGCAGGGAGAGGAGGAGGGUCCAAUGCAGGUGGAGGUGGAUGAGGCAGCGAAUGACGAGGAUGCAGAGGGGGUGGAGGAGGAGGAGGGAUCAGCAGAGAAAGAGGAGCAGGAGGAGCCGUUCAUGGUGCUCGACAGCUGUGCGCUGGAAAACCUCGAAAUACUUGAGAACAGCCGCGACGGCACGGCGACAGGGUCGCUCUUCGCGCUCAUAGACCGCACUGUGACGCCCUUUGGGCGGCGCCUGCUCCGGCAGUGGCUCGUGCGGCCGCUGCUACGGCCGGGGGCGAUCAGGGAGAGGCAAAGGGCGGUGGAGGAUCUCAUGGGCGUGGGGGCAGAGGCGGGGGGGAAGGCGGUUAAGGCGCUGAGUGGAGUGGGGGACUUGGACCGGCUUCUGCCGAGAAUACACUCGCACUGGGUAAAAGCCUUCCCAGCAGCAGCAGAAGCAGGGGCGAAGUCCGGCAAGCAUAACCAUCAUCAGCAGCAGCAGCAGCAGCAGCAGCAGCAGCAGCAGAUGGGGCGGAACGCCUGCCAGGUGGUUCUCUACGAGAACGUGGCGCUAGCCCGAGUGCGUGAGUUCACCUCCGCUCUCCGCGGCUGCCAGGCCCUGCUUGCUGCUGCCCACGCCUUCGCCCCUCUGCUGCCCCACCUCUCCAGCUCCCUGCUGCGAAACCUCCUCACUCCCGCCACUCCCGUCGAACGAGGAAUAGGAGGAGUGGGAGGAAGGGGAGGAGGAGCAGCAGGAGGAGGGGGUUUAAGAGGAGGGGGGAAGAGGACGUUCCUCCCGAUGGAGUCUCGGCUGCUUGCGUUUGAGCACGCGUUUGACUGGGGGAAGGCGGAUGCGUGUGGGCGCAUUGUGCCGUCAUCGCCUGGCGUGGACACUGCGUACGACGCCGCGGCUGCGAGGGUGAGGGGCGUGGAGGCGGAGCUGGAGCAGCACCUGGAGGAGCAGCGCCAAGUGCUACGUGCACCUCCCACAGUGCCCCUGGCGUUCGUGACGGUGGGCAAGGAUCCGUACCAGCUCGAGGUGCCAGACUCGCUGUUCGGUCGUGUGCCGCCCAGUUACGAGCUCAAGACGCAGAAGAAGGGCGUGCGCCGCUUCUGGACGCCGUUCAUCCGGUCCGCCCUGCAGCGCCUGGCAGAGGCCAAGGAGGAGGAGGAAGCUGCUCUGAGCGGCAUCUACCAGCGCCUGCUGGGGCGCUUCUGCGCCGCCCUGCCUCUCUGGCUGCGUGCCGUGCACGCCAUCGCCCAGCUUGACGCGCUCCUGUCUCUUGCUUCGUUCUCCCUCGCCGGUGCCCCGCCCAUGUGCCGCCCGCACGUGGGGUUUGAUGUGGGGGAGGGGGAGGCGGAGGGGGAGGGGGAGAGGGGGGGAGGAGGUGGAGCGGAGGGAGGGGGUUCGUUGCGAGUGCCGUAUUUCAGAGCCAAGGGACUAAGGCACGCUGUGCUGGCGACUAUGGGGUCCACUGGGGGAUGCUUUGUGCCGAAUAACUCUGUGCUCGGGGGAUGGGGGGCGCGGAUGAUGUUGCUGACAGGCCCGAACAUGGGGGGCAAGUCCACGCUGAUUCGCCAGACAUGCCUCGCUGUCAUCCUGGCGCAGCUGGGAGCGCACGUGCCAGCAGAGUCUCUCUCCCUCUCGCCCGUGGAUCGUGUGUUUGUGCGCAUGGGCGCGCGCGACCACAUCAUGGCGGCGCGCUCCACAUUCCUGGUGGAGCUGCAGGAGACAGCAGGCAUGCUGCGCUGCGCCACGCGGCACUCGUUUGUCGCUCUGGACGAGCUGGGCCGCGGGACUGCUACGUCCGACGGGCAUGCCAUAGCCCACGCCGUGUUGGACCAUCUUUUGAACCGGGUGCGGUGUCUGGGGGUGUUCUCCACGCACUACCACGCCCUGGCGCAUGACUUCCAGCACCACGAGGGGGUGUCUCUAAAGCACAUGGAAUGCCGUGUGCACUCCUCUGCACUGCAUGGCACCCAGUCCCCCACAGCCGCUCCAGCUGCCAGCAGCAGAGCAGACGCGAGCAGCAGCAGUGGGGGGGAGGAGGUGGAGGAGGUGGUGUUUCUGUAUAAGCUAGCAGAGGGGUCGUGCCCCAAGAGCUACGGCAUCAACGUGGCACGCCUGGCAGGCAUGCCUGAGUCGGUGCUGAGCUGUGCGGGGCAGAGGGCCCACCAGCUGGAGAAGGAGAGGGAGGCACACCGGAAAGAGGCACACGCAGCUGCCGGGGCAGCACCAACACCAGCAGCAGCAACCGACGCAGCACCAACAACAGUAGCAGCAGCAGCAGCAGCAGCAGCAGUGAGAGGUGCAGGGGAGGGUGUGGAAGGGGAAGAGCCUCCAGUGCACGUGGUGCUAUCCCAGGUGCUCCGAAUGCUGCAGGCGGCAAAGGGCAAGCAGGGCAAGCAGGACAAGCAGCAAGGCACGGAGGAGAACGAGGAGGAUGCAGGGCAGGCAGGGAUGGAUGUGGAUACGGAGGGAGGAAGCGACGCAGCAAGGAAUGCGGAUGGAGGGAACCGGGAGAAGGGGGAUAGGGGCGAUGUGUUGGCAAAGUUGAGGCAGCUGCAGGCGCUGGUAGCUGCGAGGGACGAGAGGAGGUAACUACGACGACUUCAGAUCAGCAGUGUGGACCUUGGCUUUGUUUCCCCAGGAAGGAGGGAAGCAUGAUGCCAGUGAAGUGACCUUGCCGACGAUGUGGGACUGGGAUCAGGGCAGGCUAGCUAUUCGAGUGAUAUUGUGUUUAUUCUUUGAAGCUUGUGUAUACUCUUAAAAAAGGUAGAAGAACCCUUUUGUGAAACCCUGCCCAGUGUUGCUACCGUAUC